GGGAGGCUGAGAGAGAGAGAGAGAGAGAGAGAGAGAGAGAGAGAGAGAGACUGAGAGCGGGGGAGGGGCAGAGAGAGGGAGAGACAGAAUCUGCAGAAUCUGAAGCAGGCUCCAGGCUCUGAGCUGUCAGCACAGAGCCCGACAUGGGGCUCGAACUCACGAGCUGUGAGAUCAUGACCUGAGCCGAAGUCGGACAUUUAACUGACUGAGCCACCCAGGAGCCCCGGAACAUGCUGUAUUCUUAAAGGGUAUAUGCUUAGAAGUAAAACAGUAUAUGGUGCAUUUAAGUACCAAAAAGGAUUUUACACACACAAAGUCCAUCUAACCUUCCUUGUAUUAUUAAAUAGGGGUGGAGGUGGGAUUCUGAAACAUGUGCACCUGCCUUUAAAUACGUAAACUGUCACAAGAUACAGUAACUUCACUUUUAAAAUUCAUGAGCAAAUUUGGAGACUAUAAAUGCAUCAUGGAACUUAGGGAAGGGACCGUAGAAAUAACCUAUUCUAUGCCCCCCAUUUUUUGGAGAAGAAAACCAAUGCCUACGCAGGUUAUAUAUGUUUUAUUUAAGGCUGUAACCUGGGGUUGCUAUACCAGACUUGACCUGAUUUAAAAAAAACUGUUUUCCCCUCCAAGUUCAGAUAAACCUUUAUAAAAAUCCAUCAGCAGCCUUUCCUAUAGCUAAUCUCUAUCUGAGUAAGAAAAACUUCCAUACAACCUUUUACUUUGCUUUUUGUUUCUAGAACAUUCAAAGUUUUCUUAGGUCAUUUUAAAUCUAAUGUCUACUAGAGAAUAAGUGAAAAACUAAUUUAUAACUUGUUUUAGAUGAUUUGUGUACACUGAUCACUUGGGAAAAAAUACAGAUCAUUAUUUUAGACACAACAGUUUAAGAACAUAUAGGGGAGAUGCCUGGUAGCGUGGAAAGAGGUCUUUGAAGUCAAGUAGAAUUGGAUUCAAAUCCCAAAUAAUUUUUCUCUAAGUCCCUUACCAAUCUUUGUCCAAAUUCUACCAUGCUUAAAUUUAGCAUUUUGCCCAAUGAGCUUCUGGAACAGUUUAGUGAAGUAUUUAAAAGCACAGGUUUGGGGGGUGCCUGAGUGGCUCAGUCAGCUGCUCGUCUGACUCUUGAUUUCGGACUCAGGUCCUGAUCUCACUGUUCAUGGGUUAGAGCCCCACUCCAUGCUGACAGUGUGGAGCCUGCUUUCUCUGUCCCUCCCCCACCUCUCUAAACAAACGCACAGGUCUGGAGUCCAACUGAUUGAAUUAAAAUCCUGACUCUCACUGAUACUUGUGUUACUCCAGGUAAGUUCUUGACCUCUCCAUGCUUCAGAUGUAAAAUGGAAAUCAGUAGCAGAAGCAAAACCGAACCUCACAAAUUUACAUAAAUAUGUUCAUAUAUAUUUAAACACUUGGCACAGUGCCUGACACAAAAGUACUCAAUAAAUGUUAGCAAUUAUUAGAAUUUAUACAACAUUUCAUGGUUCACAAAGCAUGGUAUCUCUUGAUUCCUAUCACUCAAAUUUCAUCAAUUCAGGGUGAUCAAAUUUCUAAGACAUCAUAAAACUCAAAAUCCCAAAAACUGAUUCUAAUGUACCCAAGUACAUUAGAGAAAUUGAGCUACACUGAAAUCAAACUAAGGUCUGUAAUAAGGUAGGGUAGUUACUGUCUUCACCCAAUAGAGAAGGAUCUUCAAGACAUUCUGGAAAUUGAUACAGCCUUCUUUCAAAGACUUCCUCUUUUACUUUCACAAAAGAUUUAAUUGUAUAGCAAAUGAAUAAUUCUGAAAUGCAGUCAGUCUGAAGGACAUUACUUAUUAAACUUUGAAGAAAAAAAAGAAAGAAGACAGAACAGGAGGAAGUUCCCCACUGCUGAUCCAUCAGGCCUUGAGUCACCCUACAUGGAGUGUUGCAAUCUAUUCCAGGGAGGUUAUCUAGUUUACCCUCAUUACUGAAAUAUGGAGGUUUGGCAAAAGGACAGCAAUCUAGGCACUAAAAAUUUGGAUGUCUGGCAGGGCUUACAAUUUACUGCAUUUUUUUCAAGUAUCAAGUUCUCUGGAAUAUUAAUUAGCCUUUAUUAUCCAACAAAAUAGACCAAAGAUUUGAGGGAUUCUCAAAUCAGUGCAGCCUUACAGUUUUCUUAUCCUAUGAAAAACAUUUGUACUUAAGUCUACAGGGAAACAGUUUGGUUGUAGCCUUAUAAAGAGUAAUAAACAUACAGGAAAUUAUACACUGAAAUAAUUACCAUCUCUCUCAAUUACUGUCUCUGGAUGUUUAAGACACAUACUCAUUGCCUCAUUAUACUCCCACCACCUAGCAAAGUUGAUUUUAAAAAUAAGGAAACUAGGGAUCCCAAAGUAGUGCCCAGAGAAGGACUACCCCAAAAUAUAAGGCCAGGUCAGCCCUGAAGUGAAAAAGUCUUUGUUUUUUUUUUUCUUUUUUAAGAUUUUCAUGUCUGACUUACAAAUUAUUACAUUCAAAAUGUUUUAUGAGACUAGUUUGGCUUCGAGCAGCAAAUAGUUGCUGACAGUGCACUUAUGGAAAACCACAGAAUCUCUUGAGUUUUUUGUUUUUUUUUUAAGCCCACAACAAAGCUUUCAAAAAGUUUCCUACUUGCAACUUCCUGGGUUGGGCUGGAGGUAAGGAAAAGGGAUACCAGCAAAAAUUUACGCUGAUAAUAGCCUAAAAUGCUUCAUGAAAGUGGUAACCUACUCUCAUCCAACAGAAUUUACCCAAGAUGCUAACUUUAUGACCACAUCACACCCAGGAGACAAAUGUUAGUUACAAAAGAACCUAGAGAAGCAAGGUGAGAACAAAAGCUAAGCACUGUCAUGUCUGGGUGACAGGAUCCUGGAAAAUUUUCAUUUUUUGUAUUCUUCUGUUUUGUAAAUUUUGUACAACACACAUCCAUUUUUAAUCAGAAACUUUUUUUUUUGUUUAAAGCUUCUUUUGUAAAAACAUCCUACCAUGUUGUGUGAAAACCCAAUGGUUCUGAUACUUCGUGAAUGGGGCCUACUAAUAAGCAGUAAUCUUUGCUACUGACAGCACUUUUUUUAAAAAAAGGUGUGAAAAACAAUGAAUGCCUGCAGAUUAGGGAAUUUUUCCUUACUAGGUAGCACCCCAUAAUUCUAGAACACUGCUUUACCAGGGUAAAGGUUAUAUAUCAGUGAGUUUCUGGCCUAAUUAACAGGCUUAGAAAGAAACGUGUGCAGUUUGUUUUAUGUCAAUUAUACAUCAAUGAAGUGUUAAAGAAAAAGAAAUGUGAAGAAAAGAGGAAAAAAAAUUUUAAUAGUAGGUUCUUUAACCCUCUAUCCUAGCCCAGGAAUUCUACUCUUGGGGAGUCCCUGGCAGUUAUAAAUCAUUUAUUUCCAUGUACAAAUUUUAACCUGAUCCUCACAAGUCUGUAAAGUAGUCCAAAGUUAAGGGCUGGUCUAAGAGUAUUUAUCUAGUCGACAGUACUAGAGGAAUCAGAUCCUGCACAUACCUCCAGAGUGGAAGCCAAAGGCUGAGAGGUUCUAGUCCCACUAACUUGCUGUGUGAUCUUGGGCAAGUUAACCUCCCUACGCCUUUGUUUCCUGCCUAUAAAAUGUAGUUGGACUGGCAGACCUGUGAAGUUGCUAAGCUGCUUAAUACUUUAUUGGCUUCCAAAGCCUUCUGUAGGAAUGCUGGUUCUGCCAUUUCUGCUUGAUAAAAUCCUGUUCACCCUUCAAUAAUAUAUUCACAUUCCACUUCCUUCAAAACCCGAUCCCACUGUUAAAGCUGAAUCCUCCAGCUCCCCAACUCGCUAUGUUGAAAUGGCCCCAUUUCUUCUACCUCCUGUAACAACUAGUAGAUCUACCUCCCUUACAACACUUGUGAGUACUUUACCAUAAAACCCAUACACAGAAUAGUACCCUACAGUACUACACAGGCACUGUUAAAGGUUAUGAGAAGCUUAGAAUAUGGGUAGAAAAAAAGCAUGACGCUGCUACUCUCAGAACUUUUGAAAUAAAGUAGUCAGAGCAUGACCUCCAAGCAAGAACCACCUACUUCAUUUAGACUCUCAGUUUUCUCUCCUAACAGACUAAGAGCCUGUUAGUUAUCUAAAUGGAGGUAAUAUUGCAUAGAUCUGGAAUUCUACUACUGGUUCCACCAGUUACUAUUUAAUCAUGGACAUGAUACAACUCUCUAAGCCUCUGUUCUCUCAUCUCUAAAAUGGGCAUAACAAUGAUACAAUCUUACAAGGUUUUUGGGAAAAUCAAAUGUGAGAUUGGAGUCCCCUCCAGAAUAAAAUCAAAAUUCCUUAUUUUGGUCUUCAAAUCCUUCUGUGAAUUAGCCACCACUAUAUUUCAAGGGGAUCAACCUUAAACAAAUUGCAGAAUAUUCCUUCUGUGAUUACAUGUACUUGCCUUCUCAACCACUCCUUUACCCUGUGAUCAGGCCUUUCCACUACUUGUGGAAAUUCUCAGCAUCGUUCAGGGUCUACCUAAAACACCAACGCUCGAGGAGGCCUCGAUUUUUUCCUCUAACUCCUCUCCAAGGCGCUAGAGGCCAAGCACCCCAAUAUUUAUAAGGUGAAUUAUAAAUUCAAGAGCAUUGCUUUUGGCGGGGAGACCUUGCCGGUAAGCCGUAGUCCCCCCCCCCCGCCCCAGUGUUGAUCAAUACCUACUGACAGUACUUAAAAUCAAAUUUCAUCAUAAGCCGUUUGAUUUUAAAUGAACUGGAACCAACCUGGCUAAAAAGGAUUUGAGAAAAUUUGCUGAGGUACAAGCACGACGGGAGAAAACGAUCCAGCCAGCUUUGCAGCCGGAUUUUCCCGCUCACGUCUCAGAGCUCUCCGUUCAGGAAGGCUCAGGGACUCCCGCCCUAAAACUUUCCGAGGUCAGUCACUUACUGAGGCUGAAGGAUCUUUUCCUCUCGUCCUAUCUCCCUCACCCCUCGGUCUUUUUAAGAAAUAAUGCUCAUUAUGAGCAUGAGGGCGGGCACCGGCCAGGACAAGCCAGCCUGCAAAGUUUUCAACGAGGGCGCUCCGUCGGGGCUGAGGAAGGUUCCUCUCAGCACGCCUGGCGCCCAGUGAGGAGAGUUGGUGCCCCAGUGUCAAACCGAAAGGAAUGCAGGGGUCGCCAGCCUCAAUCUCGUUCUUUCGGGGCAUUACCCAGGCAUUCAAGCCCCCUUCUGGGACGGCGACUCAACGAGCUCUCAAUUCUGGAAACGCCGGCCAACGAAAGGACGCAGGCCUCGGCGCCGCCGCCCUGAGGAGAGCCGGACGCGGCCAGGCCCGCGGCUCCGAAGUCCUCACUGGCUCUACCGCUCCCGGCCGCCUAGGCCCGGCUGCUCCACAUGGCGGCGGCCGGCUACUAGGCCGCAGGCCCGGUCUCCCACACUGGGGUGGGUUGGGCUCCCCGCCUCAGUCCUUAGCCCUAGAGCCAGGCUCAGGCCCUCACCUCAUCCCCGGACAUGGCGGCAGCUCGAGUGGGCUCGGCACAGACGGGAAGUCGGAUGGGUCAGCCCCAGGCCCCAGCGGCAGCGUUGCUCCUGCCGACACUUCUCCCACCACCGCACUAGGCUCUUGCAUCAGCGAAAGGGAACGACACCCCGCCCUCUCCUCCCAAGCGUUGGAAAUACGCCUGCGCAGAACCUGCCAAAGCGCAGGCGCGCGGCGGGGCCAACCUGGAGCGCUCCGUGUGGCGCGAGUUACCAGGCGACGGCGUGGCGCCAGGCAAGCCGGGACUUGUAGUCCGCCUGGAAGAGGCGGGCACUUGAGGCACAGCAGUCCCGCGAUCCGUGCGCUUUUGCUACGUCUGCGGAACCUUGCCGGGAGAUUGGUUCUUGCAGCGUGGUCCCAAAUCUGACCUCCCUGAGCUGGCAACUUGCAAGAGACUCUUCAGAGAUUUCAGGUAUCCCCCAAGGUAAUAGCUUGUUUUUCAGGAAAACCAAGAUUCCCUGGGGAGCUGACAAAAAUCACAAAGUAAUGGCAGCUAAGCUUUUCCAGGUUUUCGAAGAGAUAGAUCCUACUUAGAGUAAGCUAGUAAGUAAGAGUAUCAACACAAAUAAUCACUUGUGUCUUCCUAACCUCUUUCAUCUAAGAAUCUCUGCAAAAUAUAUAGACAUUUAUUAAUUUUCUUCUCAU